UCAGAGCUCGCCCCCAGCGCCGCGCAUGCCCAGCGCCGCGGAGCCGCGGCCCGGAUGGAGGAGGAGGAGGAGGAGGAUGGAGGUCGGAAAGCUGCGGGGAACUGCGACCGCUUCGUGCGGUGCCUUUACGCCGUGGGCUUCCUGGAUUUAUUUGGUGUGAGCAUGGUUGUUCCUUUAAUGAACCUUCAUAUCAAAUCUCUAGGAGCAAGUCAUACAGUUGCCGGAAUAAUAGGAUCUCUUUAUGGUGUAAUGCAACUAUUUUCCAGCACAUUUGUGGGCUGCUGGAGUGAUAUAGUAGGAAGACGGUAUUCCCUGCUUGCUUGUAUUCUCCUCAGCGCGCUGGGUUACUUCCUUCUUGGAACAUCCACCACCGUGUUCCUGUUUGCCAUUUCUAGAGUCCCUGUAGGUAUUUUCAAACACACUCUCUCCAUCUCUAAAGCCCUCCUUUCUGACUUGGUUUCUGAGAGAGACCGCCCUUUAGUAAUGGGGCGCUUCAAUGCAGCCUCAGGUGUGGGUUUCAUUCUGGGGCCUGUUGUUGGUGGCUACCUUGCAGAGUUGGAAGAUGGCUUUUAUCACACGUCAUUCAUCUGUGCCUCUAUCUUCCUUCUGAAUGCUGGUCUUGUCUGGAUGUUACCCUGGAGUGAAGAAAACGCUGGCAGUAGGGAACAUCAACAAGGCAACAAAAGAACAGGCAGUUUCUCAGCAAAAGCAGAUAAUGACCUGCAGUUGAAAUCAGGAUCUAAUGGAGCUAUGGCAAGUGAUAGUCUUUUCCGGUCUCCGUGGAUCCAAGUUACAACAGUACUGAAAAGGAUUAAAGAAAUUGCAUGCUCCAAUCUGUGGGAUAUAUUUCUAGUGCGGUUGCUGAUGUCUGUUGCUAUACUGCUGUACUACAGUAAUUUUAGUCUGGCCUUGGAGGAGAGAUUUGGAGUGAAACCCCUGUUUGCUGGAUACCUAUUGAGCUAUAGUAGUGCACUUGGAGUCCUGGCUGGUUGUCUGCUCGGACCAAUAACGAGACUCUAUCAGCACAAUACUUACAGAAUUUUGUUGCACUCCAGCACUCUUACCUGCACCUUGAUUUUCCUGUAUGCGUCGGCGCUGAGCAUAUGGAUGGUCAUUUUGUCUUCUACGUUCUUAGCUUUUUCAACUACUAUAGGUCGUACUUGUAUCAUUGAUCUUGAAUUGACCAUUGGUGGGAAUGAGGCCAGUGGUACCCUCCUAGGUGUUGGACAGUCUGUGACAUCAGUGGGACGUAUCAUUGCCCCACUCCUUUCUGGAAUUGCUCAGGAGUUCAGUCCUUGUGGCCCUCCAGGUCUAGGGGUUGGACUAGCUUUAGUAGCUAUUCUGAUAAUGAAUGGAAACAAACAAAAAUACUGUAGCCAUGGAAAUGUUAAGUUAAAAAAUGAAUAGCUGCAAAUAUGGAUUGCAUGGGUGUAUCUUACAGGAGAGGGAAAGUGAAUCAACCUGCCUGCACCUGUCAGACUUUUACAGGUGUACAAGAUCCUACAGUAACAGGAUCUUUUAAGAGCGCAAAUUAUGUUCACUUGGAAGAAAGUAUUGGUACAUACAAAUAUUUCUGCUGCAAGGAUGUUAACUCUCAACAAAUGUUACUCUAACUGGUACCGCUAAAACAUCCAUGACAGGGACAGGUGUUGCCAUAUUGUACUGGCUGAGAUUUUUUAAUGAAUUUUUAACCUUCUUGGAGGGGAAAAAAAAAUUCACAUGAAAUACACAAAUCCUUCUUGCAUCUCACAUUUGAAAUGGUAUUUAGAUUGAUAGAUUGAUAAAAGACAGAAAAUUAUUCUUAUUUAAUCAGAGGUGAUUUUUGUAUUAUUUAAUCAGAAGGAGAAUUUGCAAUGUAGCUUGUUAACCUGAAUUUCUUAUGCUGUGGUCUGCUGCCAUUUGACUGCUGUGACAGUGGCUUCAUUAACAGAGUGUUUGCUUAUGGGAUUUUGUUAAGCAUACUUGGUCUACAAAACUUGCUGCACGGCAUGAUUAGACAUCUUGAGGCAGCUGUCUGACCUCUGCUGAUUCCUGGUCUUACCCAGGUAACAGAAUUUGGUAUAUGCUAACUUCAUGUAUUAAGAAGGCUUAAAAUGGACAAUUUUAAAAUAAUACGGGGUCAUUCAGACUGAAACGGAGACUGAAUGUAAGCUUUAUUGAAACUUGAACUGGUUGUUUCCUUUUAGUAAUAACCUCUACUGAGCAACUUUGUCAUAAAUUGUUAAUAUUUCCUGUGCAACGUUUCUACCUUCAUUUUAAGAAUAAAUUUGUUUCUUAAUUCUU